AUGUACGAUGGAGUCCUGAUUCUGCGGUUGCCUAGAAAAGUUAAAUUCGUUGGUUUUGAGGAUGACGUGUACCUAACGGUGAUGAGCGAGACACUUGAAGAAGUAGAAGUGUUGGCGACGGAGGCGAUAUCAAUGAUCGGCUGGAUGAACGGAGUGAAGCUGCAAAUAGCUCACCAUAAGCUGGAGGUGCUAUUAGUCAGCAACUGUAAGGUGAUUCAGUGGAUGGAGAUUGUCGUUGGUGAUCAUGCGAUUGUAUCGAAGCGAUCACUCAAACAUCUAGGAGUGAUGAUCGAUGACCGACUAAAUUUUAAUAGCCACGUCGAUUGCGUCUGCGAAAAGUCGGCGAAGGCUAUGAGCAUGAGCGUAAUAGCAAGGAUCAUGCCAAACGUUGGCGGUCCAAGAAGUAGCACCAGACGUCUACUAGCUAGUGUCUCGUCAUCGAUACUGCGGUAUGGAGUCCCCGCUUGGGGUAAUGCGCUAGAAACCAAGCGGAACCAUAGAAUGCUACAAAGUGCGUUCCGGCUGAUGUCCAUUACGGACAAUGGAAGGUGGACCCACCGACUCAUUCCAAACCUGUCAACGUGGAUGAACAGGAAGCAUGGCGAAGUAAACUUUCACCUGACACAGUUCCUGUCAGGCCACGGCUGCUUCUGA